AUGCUCUCUCAGAUCUAUGUCUUCCACACAAUGAUAGACUUCAGCAAAUGUCCCUCUAAGGAGCUCUUUGAGGAUACUGUGAUCAUGACUCCAAUCUACCAGCACAUCUUGGCCUUAGAAUUUGCCAUCACGGAGAUCAAUAGAAAUCCCAAUAUUUUACCCAAUCACACCCUCGGUUUACAGAUCUAUAAUACCUACUUCAUGACAAGUUGGACAUAUCGUGCCUCACUGGAGCUUUUCUCUACAAAGGGCCAGUUCAUCCCUAACUACAACUGUGAAACACAGCACAGACCAAUAGCAGUCAUUGGAGGACCUACUGCUGAUGUAUGUUUACACAUGGCUACUAUCCUAUCCCUCUACAAGAUGCCACAGCUUAACCAAUUUAUGAGACGAAUCUCAUUUAAUAACACUGUUGGACAAAAAAUUUCUUUCAACCAAAAUGGAAAAUUGGAUACUGGCUUUGAUAUUGUGAAUUGGAUCACAUUCCCAAAUCUAUCUUUUCUGAGAGUCAGAGUUGGAAGGAUUAAACCCAUGGAUCCCCAAGAAGCAUUGUUCACCAUUGAUGAAGAUGAUAUUGUAUGGCCCAGGAGAUUUAACCAGGUCCAACCUCUAUCUUUGUGCAAUAGCAGGUGCCAUUCAGGUUCCAGUAGGCGCAAAAUAGAAGGGAGGCCAUUUUGUUGCUAUGAUUGCCUAAGAUGUCCUCAUGGGAAGAUUUCCAAACAAGAAGACAUGGAUGAUUGUUCUCAAUGUCCAGAAGAUCAAUAUGCAAAUGCAAACCAGGAUUUGUGUCUAGUAAAGAUUGCAACAUUUUUGAUGUAUGAAGAAACUUUGGGGAUCAUUUUGGCCAGUUCUGCUCUUUUCUGUUCUUUGGUCACAGUUGGAGUUCUUUGGAUCUUUAUUAAGCAUCAGGACACUCCCAUAGUCAAAGCCAACAACCGGAAUCUCACCUAUGCUCUCCUUAUUGCUCUCCUCUUGUCUUUUCUUUCUUGUUUAUUAUUCCUUGGAAAACCUGGCAAGAUGACAUGUCUCCUUCGUCAAACUGCCUUCGGUAUUAUCUUCUCUGUGGCCAUUUCCUGUGUGUUGGCCAAAACCAUAAUUGUAGUUCUGGCUUUCAUGGCCACUAAACCUGGUUCUAAGAUAACCAAAUGGGUGGGGAGAAGAUUGGCCAUGUCCAUUGUGUUGGGCUGCAGCUUAAUUCAAGGAAUUAUUUGCACUAUAUGGCUGACAACCUCUCCACCAUUCCCAGAUGCUGACACAAAUUUAUGGGUGGAAGAAAUCUUUCUGCAGUGUAAUGAAGGUUCAGUCUUCAUGUUCUACUGUGUCUUGGGCUAUAUGGGCUUCCUUGCCAUUAUUAGCUUUACGGUGGCUUUUCUAGCGAGAAAAUUGCCUGAUACUUUCAAUGAAGCGAAGUUUAUCACCUUCAGUAUGUUGCUCUUCUGCAGUGUCUGGUUGUCCUUUGUCCCAACAUACCUGAGCACCAAAGGAAAAUAUAUGAUUGCGGUAGAGAUCUUCUCCAUUAUUGCUUCUAGUGUUGGGUUACUAAGUUGUAUUUUUUUCUCUAAAUGCUACAUCAUUCUUUUGAAGCCUGCUCUAAACAACAGAGAACAGCUAAAAAGACAAACGCAAAGAAAAACGUAA